AUGAUCCUCUCCUCGAAAUUCCCGCCACUCGCGGCGCAUUCGACCUUGAGCGCGGCCCGAGCAAGCAUGACAACCGGCGCCAACACUAACCGCACUUCUCCUAGCCGUUCCAGGACCAGCGCGAGCACGGAAUUUCUCGGCUCUUCGCGUCCGAUUCUCGUGGAUAAUUAUGGCGAACGUGCGUCGCAGACCAGAUCGUUGGUCGCAUCGCGGAAACAUCGUAGCCGCCACGCCAGAGGCGGUCGCGGUGCAAUCACGGCAGCCGCGGCGGACGCGUCGAACGUUUCGUCAGACGGAGACGGAUGGUACUACUAUUCUGAGCCCGCUACGAGUAGCGGUAGCGUUACGACCGAUGCCGGUGACGAUACGAGCAGCAGUGCCAACACAGCUAGCGCUGCGGAGCGCGAGAGCGUGACCCGCGCCAAACGCGUGCGGUCUCUGGAAGACAUUAUCGAGCGGAGCAUCUUCAACUUCCGCUUCUUCACCCUCAUGGCCGUCGUGGGGUCGCUCAUCGGCUCCGCGCUCUGCUUCACCAAGGGCUGCAUCUUCGUGGCUCAGUCUGUGAAGGAGUUUCUGCUCUUCUGCUGGCAUGGCGUGGGCACGGGCAAGGUCAUUCUGCUGCUCGUGGAAGCCGUGGACGUGUACCUGAUCGGCACCGUCAUGCUCAUAUUCGGCAUCGGACUGUACGAGCUCUUUGUCAACUCCCUCGACGUGCCCCGCGACACAUCCCUGCUCUCCCCUGAGGCCCGCGCCGAGCUCUCACAGCGCAUCUGCGGCUCCAGCCUCUUUGGCCUCUUCCGCCUCAAGGCGCGCCCCAAGUGGCUCGAGAUUCAUUCCCUGGAUGAAAUGAAGACCAAGCUGGGCCAUGUGAUAGUGAUGAUCCUGCUCGUGGGCAUGUUUGAGAAGAGCAAGAAGGUGCCUGUGUCUUCCGCCCUCGAUCUCCUCUUCUUCUCCGCCUCGGUCUGCUUUGCUGCUGGCUGCCUGUUCCUGCUCUCGAAGCUUGUGGGCGGUGGAGGAGGAGGCCACGGGGGGAAUGGCUCUGGCGGUGGUAAUGGCGGGAGAAGCCAUAAUGGCAGCAAUUAG